AUGAACCAUGAAACAGCCAUGGGAAGUAGAUAUUGCGCAAUUGAACGCCGUGGAGAAUUCAAUUAUAGCAACAAUUUUGAUGAACGCGAUAAUUUGCAAACUCGAAAUGCUGGUAAUCGAAAUAAUGGUUAUUGGGGCAAUCGAAAUAAUAAUGGUUAUUGGGGUAAUCGCAAUAAUAAUGGUUAUUGGGGAAAUCGAAAUAAUGGUGAUUGGGGAAAUCGAAAUAAUGGUUAUUGGGGUGGUAGACGAGGAGAAAGAAAUGGUGCAUUCAGAGGUCGCCGACCUGGAAAAUACAGCCAUAUUAAUGCCGGCGGUUCAAAUGAAGCACGUGGAUACUAUUCUUUCGACGAUGCUGAAAAUCAUAACGUUAACAAGGAGAAUAAGAGAGGAGAAUCAGCCGCUUACGCAGGAAGCAGCGAAUGGGACUUGCCACCGCCACGAAAUCAGCACGCAAAUCGAUUCACUCGUUUCAACAAGAACACUCAUUGA